CCAACUCAUUCUGAUCGAUCUCCAUCUAAGUUCCACCAUGAGGUAUCCUUAUCUGUUGCUUGGAAUUCUGAUAAUAGCACACUUAAGUGGUUCUCUAGCUGAAAAUACUUUCUCACAGUAUUGGAAAGAGCAUAUUGAUCUUCCACAACCCCCAUAUUGGUUUAUUGCCAAGGUUUCUCCAUUAAAUCCCCAUCAGGUGUCAAUGUUUAUGAAACUUAUGGAGGAAAAUAAGUUGGCUUCCCACUUGCCAUCAUUUUGUAAGCAGGCUAAUGUUGCUUGUUCUACAAAUGCACUGACAACUCUACCACCAAAAGUUCACUGGACUGAUGGCAUACUGAAAUAUGAACUUCCAAUUCCAAGUGAAAACCCCUUGUGGGUUGCCAGCCAAGGGGGAUUGCCAUAUUUCCGAGAAUCAAUGGUGAAAGAGGGAGGUUUCAUGGAUGUCCCUGAUCUAAGGGAUCCAAUGUCAUAUAAAUCGUUUUUGCCACGAUCUUUGGCAUCAAAAAUUCCAUUCUCCUCUGCCCGGAUCAAGGAAUUGAAGAAGCUUUUUGGUGUAGUGGAUGAAUCAAACAUGGAUGAGUACAUUCAAGACACCCUCCAAAUAUGCGAGAAGAAUCCUAUUAGAGGUGAGCAGUGCACCUGUGUGACCUCCGCCGAGGAUCUCAUCGAUUUUAUUGUUGAAAAAUUAGGGCACCAUGUACGCGUAUGGAGUACUGAGAAUGCUGAAGGAUCUCAUGAGAAUGUCACAAUUGGAGCUGUGAAACUUAUAUAUGGAAAUCUGUUCGAACCACCAGCCUUAUGUCAUAGUAAACCAUUAUCAUUUCAAGUCUAUUAUUGCCAUGUUCUUCAAAAAGUAAAAAUAUAUGCAGUUGAUAUACAUGCUCAGAAGAAAUUGAAUCACGCGAUCAUGGCAUGUCAUUAUGACACAUCAAACUGGAAUCAAAAUCAUCUUGCUUUUAUGUUGUUGGGUUUUGGCCCAGGCCUAAUUGAAGUAUGUCAUUGGAUAAGCGAGAAUGGAGUGGUCUGGACAAAGAAUCAAGGUGGAGACACUUGA